AUGAACAGCUACAGGUACAAUGGGGGUGUGGGACAGCCCCCGGGUGGUCUUGGCUUCUCCGUCUGUGAGCCCGAGGGCCAGCCCUUGCAGGCCCUGGGUGGUGAGGGCACCGGUCGGAGCUCGAGCCUGGAAGUGGUCGUGUCUAAAGGGGAGCAGGUGCGGGUGUCCCCGGCCAGCCUGCACGACCGGGUGGAAGAGGAGGAUGAGGAGGAAGAAGAGGGAAUCCGUACUCCCCAGAGGACCCCCAGGAAGUCCCAGAAUGUCAGCUACCGGUUAGGGCGCCGUCGGGUCCUCUUUGAGAAGCGGAAACGGCUCAGCGACUAUGCUCUUAUCUUUGGCAUGUUUGGCAUAGUGGUUAUGGUGACUGAGACGGAGCUGUCCUGGGGCGUCUACACCAAGGAGUCUUCAUAUUCAUUUACACUAAAAUGCCUUAUCAGCCUCUCCACUGUCAUCCUGCUGGGUCUCAUCAUCAUGUACCACGCCCGGGAGAUCCAGCUGUUCAUGGUGGACAAUGGGGCUGACGACUGGCGCAUCGCCAUGACCUAUGAGCGGAUCUUCUUCAUCGCGCUGGAGCUGGCGGUGUGUGCGGUGCACCCCGUGCCCGGCCAGUACCUGUUCACCUGGACGGCCCGCCUGGCCUUCACCUACACCACGUCGGUGGCGGAUGCUGACGUGGACGUCAUCCUCUCCAUCCCCAUGUUCCUGCGCCUCUACCUCAUCGGCCGAGUCAUGCUGCUUCACAGCAAGCUCUUCACGGACGCCUCGUCCAGAAGCAUCGGGGCCCUCAACAAGAUCCAUUUCGACACCCGCUUUGUCAUGAAGACCCUCAUGACCAUCUGCCCUGGCACGGUUCUGCUCGUCUUCAGCAUCUCUUCCUGGAUCAUCGCCGCCUGGACCGUACGAGUCUGCGAGAGGGAAAAAAUGUACCACGAUAAACAGGAGGUCACCAGCAGCUUCCUGGGGGCCAUGUGGCUGAUCUCCAUCACCUUCCUGUCCAUCGGCUAUGGGGAUAUGGUGCCCCACACGUACUGUGGCAAGGGCGUGUGUCUCCUCACGGGCAUCAUGGGCGCUGGCUGCACAGCCCUGGUGGUGGCUGUCGUGGCUCGGAAACUGGAGCUCACCAAGGCAGAGAAGCACGUUCACAACUUCAUGAUGGACACUCAGCUCACCAAGCGGGUCAAAAAUGCUGCCGCCAACGUACUCAGGGAAACGUGGCUCAUUUACAAACACACCAAGCUGGUGAGGAAGCCCGACUACUCCAGAGUUCGGAAACACCAGCGUAAGUUCCUUCAGGCCAUCCAUCAGGCUCAGAAGCUGAGGAGCGUGAGGAUGGAGCAGAGGAAGUUGAGUGACCAGGCUAACACAAUGGUGGACUUGGCUAAGACCCAGAACGUCAUGUAUGACAUGGUGGCUGAGCUCCAGGGGCGCAGUGAGGACCUGGAGAAGCGGAUCACAGCCCUGGAGACCAAGCUGGAUACACUGGGGGCCACCCUCCAGGCUCUGCCCAGCCUCAUCACCCAAGCCAUACGCCAGGUGCCGGCCAUGGCUGGGGACGUGGGCCCUGGGGAUCCCCCCCGCCGGCGCCUGGCCUCCCUGGCCCCGGACAGCGGGUGACCCUGGGGUGGCUGGGGCAGGGGGACUUAACUCGGACCUUCAAUGUUUAGCCAUUGUGUGGCUGAUCUCAUUUGCUUUUUCUG